UUUACAGAUUAUUCAUUAGUUUGAGAUUAGCGCAAAAACCAAGAACAACAGAAAUCACACGAAAACGUGUGUGGAAUUUUUUCUGUUGUUGAAAUUAAAAAUUUAUUUCAAGGAAGCUAGAGUGGCGUUGGUGCAUUCACACACUAGCUCGCUAGCUGCAAUCCUAAUGAGGGAAACCUCAGAAGAAAGAACAAAUAAAAAACCAAAACGAACAACGUAAAGGAAAUCUCUAAUGAAGAACAUACCAACCGCAUUCUAAAAACACACAACUGGGUAUUUGUUUUUGUGUGGCAAGACCCCAACGAGUAGAAGUGGAAAACAAGAAAACAAAACGAAAAACUUAAUUAAAAAACAAGGUUAAAACGGAAGCAAAGAAUAAAAACCAAAUAACAAAAAGUAUUUUUUUGUGCAACAUAAUAUUUUACGAAUGCCAAACAGCUACAGAAAUAAGCCAGAAGUAAGGUUCCCCUUUUCCAGCCAGUAGAUGGGUGUAACAUUGCCAAGUGUCAUGUUAGUUAGCGAUUUGUUACGAAAGUGUUAACUUAUAUUGUGUUGGAUGAAUUGCAAAUAAGAUUCGAGAGCACAGACACCAACUGUUUGUAGUUUUUGGCCCAGUUUUAUUAAAAAAGUUUUACAAAAAAAAAAAAAAAAGUCGAAUAAGACAAACCCCCAAAAGAAUAUUAAAUUUACAACGAAAAUAUAUUUUUGUUAUUGACAACUCAAAAAAAAAAGUGCCGGGAAAAGGAAAACAACAACUGCUUCAAGUGGAAGAAGAAAAACUUCAAUAUGUUUUGCCAUUAUCACUUUGAUACUUGCUCUCGGCACCAGCAUCACUGGCUGCUGCUGGUGUUGGCAUCUUUGUUGUUUGUUCUCAUGACUACAACACCCCCACUGGGACUGGUUGGCACUGGCGGUGUGGCUGCCGCUGUAGCUGUUACCACUGAUAAGCUUGCCACCGAGAAUGACAUUUUACGUUUUUCCUAUGAACUCGAAUCAUGGCUGGAUUUAACAAAAAAACCCUGCGAGGAUUUUUUUGGUUAUGUUUGUGAGCGCUCUCUAAAUGCCACCGCCCAGACACAGCAUGACAAACGCCAGCAGCAGGAACAAUUGAAAUUCAAUAAAUUUCUCGAGGCCACUAACGACGAAGAGCUCAUGGAUGUCGAAUUGAAAGUGAAACAUUUUUACGAUUCAUGCCAGAAUGCCCGCACGAUGGAUCAUCUGAAGAGCACUUUAAUGUAUCGCUUAUCUGGUGGCUGGCCAGCCAUUGAUGAUUCCAUGGCCAUGUUGAGGAAGCGUCGUAACAUGACCUGGUUACAGGUGCUGAGCAUAUUCCACGAGGCCGGUGUGCCGUAUUUUUUCAAGACACAAAUUGAGUUACGUUCAAAUAAACGUAUCGUCGAAAUUCGUCCCGACGAUUCGAUUCGCUUUACACUGAGAAAAUUCGAACAAAUGUCGGGUGAAAUAAUGCAUGCUUACGAUGUGAAUGCCGGCAAGGCGCGACUGGUGGCAUUGGAAAUUUUAAAUUUUGAACGUAAUUCAAGGGAUAUUAUGAAAAUUGCCAUAGCCCCCGAUGAGAAGGUGAACGAAUAUUCCUAUGAAGAUUUUAAGGGUUUGAAUUUUGGUUCGGUGGCACCGCUCGAUUGGGAUACAUAUUUUCGCAAAGUAAUGGGUAAACCAUUGAAGAGCACGGAUACCGUUAUUGUCAUGGAACUGCCGAAGAUGAUACAAUAUUUCGAAUUGCUACAAUCGACAACGUUGACGAGAUUUUUGAAUUGGUUGUGGAUUGAUUAUUUGAUGGAUAAAACUUCCGCUGAUUGCCAAAAACUAACGGAAACCUACUUCGGUCCGGUCUACAAACACAUUGUAGAACGUUCCGCAAUCAACAAAGUGCAAAUGGCACAAAUGUACUCCGAGCUGGGUCAAUCGUAUGAUCAGCUUUUGGCCAAUACACCAUGGAUCGAUGAGAUAACCCAACAAAAUUCCAAAUUAUUUUUGGGCCGGAUCAUGCAUUUAACCCUUAAUGGUGAUGCCAAAUUGGAUGCAGAAUACGAAUCCUUGUCGAUUACAAAACGUAACUUUUAUCGCAAUUUGGAGAAGAUUCAACGUUUCUUAGCACAAAGAUCGAAACAGGACUCAGAUGCCAAGCCCAUUUCGCGUACCACUAAUCAAGUUACAAGAAGUUGUCAAAUAUUUAUGGAAAGUUUCCUUACCAUUAAUAACAUAAUGCAACAACAACAAAAUCUAAGUGCUCCACUUAACUACGUGCUGGUGGCACAAAAUUUUGCCGAAAUGAUGAUUGGUGGUGCCCAUGCCACACCCGGUGCCUGGAGAAGUACAGAUUCAGAUCGGCAGUAUGCCACAUUUGAACGUUGUUUGGCUAGGCAACAAAUUCCAGGUACCAUCAACGCCAGUCGAACAUUUAAUUUGAACAAUCUCAUUCUAAAACUAUUGGCCCAACAACAGGCCUGGUAUACCUACAAACAAUGGCUACAACAUGAUGAGGAAUUCAUACAAAAGUUGGAUCGCCUCCUACAGGCCGGUCAUUUACAAAUGUCCAUGGAAAAGUUGUAUUUUGUGGCCAGCACCCUGUUGGAUUGUCAGUUGAAUCCAUCAACGGAGCGGCGCACCUUUUUGCAUGCCUUCCUGAAACAAUCCAAAGAAUUUCAACAAGUUUUCAAGUGUCAACCACGUGAUCCUUUGUAUAUGCUAAACAAAUGUUCUUUAUUAUAAAAUAUACAUACACACACACACUCGAAUUUAUUUCAAUAAAGUUUUUGGCUUUAGUGCUUCAAAAUGG